UUCCGGGUUAGAGGAUAUUGGAUUGUGGUAUAGUUGUAGAUCUUUUCUGGGGGCCGUGGUGCAGCACUCCAGAUGACAGAGAGACCUGGGGAUACACGUCGAAUUCCGUGGGAGUGACCUGAAGAAGACAAUCCAAACACAGGGUGUUGCCUCCUUUUGCCCUUUCCGAGGAUUUCUCUGCUUUCUCUUCCCGUCUGGUUUUUCCGUGGUGCCUUUUUCCUGCCUUCUUUCGCUUGUGACGGCAGGUGGUCGGUCUCGUGCCCGCAAGGUCAAAGGCCGAAGAAUUGGUGGUUUCCGUACCGCGGCAAUCCGGGUCAGCGGACUUUGCCACGACUUGGUCUAAUGUGGGAUGCCUGCGGAAACUGGGGUACCGCCGGUGUACCCCAACCAAAACAGACGUCACACGCACCAAGGUUUUGCUAGGGAAACGAUGAAGGGUGUCCCAAGACCCCUCCUAAAACGCUGCCAAGGCACAACACACACUUUUCUCUCUUUCUCGAGUGAAGGAAUUACCCCUCCUCCCAAUGUGCCAAUGACUGACUUUCUUUGCUUCGCGGCUGACGCGCAACAAAAAGUCGAUCUCACAAAAAUUCUUUUCCCCUCACCUCUUCGUUGCGAAGAGGAAACCGUAGCAACAAUUCGACACCGGAUGCUUUGUUGUCCUCUUUGCUCCGUCUCACUUAUUGGACGGCUCCGAAUCACCGUGAGCUGUUCCCGAGCUCUCAAGAAUCAAGGUGUUCUUUCGGGGUUUUCGGUUCGGAGGAAGGUCGGUUUCGUAGUCGCGAAAAGAAGCGGACAGGAAGUGGUGGUGUUGCCACAGGAAUAAUUUCGGCUUUCAAACGAGUCAAAGGUUAUCUCUCGGAGAGUAGCCC